CUUCCUUUACGAUCAUUCCCUAUUUAAAGGCGACUGUGGUGCCAGGGGGGCUUCAGCAGGGGAUUAAAAGCAAAACCUGUGUACCCUUCACACCAGCAGCUCACACACUGACCUGUCGGAUGAUCUGGAAGGUUCUGGAUGUUUCUGGAAAGAUCUAUCGAGGCUUUUAAAGGCUGAGGUACUGACAAGAUUGACGACAAGAUAGUUUCAGUUCAAGCCAAAAAUCGAAUUUUUUAAAAUUGUUUAGGUUUGUCGUGAACUUUUUUGUAAUCUUUUUGUGUAACAAGCAUUUUCAGUUGAAGAAACCCUCGUUUUAAACUUUGAUUUUAUCAUUUUUAUAACAUUUAAAGCCGUUUGAAUUGUGCGAACAUCUUAUUUAAGGAAAUUAUUUGGCCUUUUCAUAUGAACAGCUUUCAGCAACACAAGAAAAGGCAUCAACACCAACUAGACUUCAAUUAAGUCUACAAAACGCUCUAGAUUUCAUCAGCAUUUUUUGGGAAUUAAGGGGAAAAACUGACAUUUUUAAAGACUUUUGAAAUCAUCUUGUCACAAUGAGUAGAGGUGACACUACCACAGUUUCACCACAGGAGCCACAGCCAUUUAAACGGGCUGUACGUAAAAUUAAAUGUGCUGCCAUGGUGGCAAAUUUGGCCAAGAGUUGGCAAGGAUGGGCCAAUGAACAUGCAGGCAAACAAGAUUGUAUUCCAAGUGGCUGGAUGCCUUCAUCUGUUGAGGAGGAAGACAGAAAAGAACACAGCCAUGUGGUUAAACUCAAUGUUACUCCACGGGUUAUUAAAGUAGAUCCCACCGAUACCAGAGAUAAUAAAAUCCGGACCUGCUCUGUGACUAAGACUGUCCAGGUGAAACGAAGCGAAUGUAGCAGCAACAAUGUAAUAAACGAAAUCCGUGACAAGAUGGAGUCGGGUCCAGAAGAGAUCAAGCCAUUUUUAGGCAAUGAGUCGCCAACACGUCGCCGUCAGAUGAGGGCGCUGCAGAGCACAGAAGUAGGAGGUGGGAUCAUCCAGAAUAAAAAGAUGAUGCUCCAGGAGAAGAAGCUGAGCUCAAGGAGUAGCAGCCUGGAUACAGAGGACAGCGGACUUGGAGAGGAAGGUGGACUCAGCGACAACAGCGACUCAAAAGCCGAACAAUGUGAAGCCCAGGCUAAAACACAAGCCAACAGACCAAAGAUUAAGAUUGCUUCCAUGACUGACGUCAAAAGCCGCUGGCAGCAGUGGUCUGAGCAGCACAUUGAAUGCCAGAAACUCAACCCAUUCAGCGAGGAGUUUGACUACGACUUUGCAAUGUCCCAGCGUCUCCGCAAAGGUGAUUCUGGCUAUGGGCGACCCAAAGACGGCUCCAAAACAGCAGAGAGAGGGGACCGGGCUCACAAACACAUUCACAGAGAGAUGGAGGAGAUGGUCUGGAUCAUCAAGGACAUGGGCUUCAAAGAUAAGGAGGGUCAAACGUUUAUCACCUUUGGGCGGCUCUUCGACCGCUAUGUGAAGAUUUCAGACAAAGUGGUGGGCAUCCUUCUGCGCUGCCGCAAACACAAGAUGGUGGACUUUGAGGGGGAAAUGCUGUGGAAAGGACAGGAUGACAAUGUUAUUAUCACACUGAGGGACUAAUGACAGAAAAACAUAUGCUUCAGCUUUUUCGUGAGUUGUAUCAUGUACCCAAAAGUAAUGCAAGAGCACUUGCAGGCAAAACAUAAAAAUGCAAUUAUAUAGUUCAAACAUAGUAAACAGUGAGACUACACAGGUAUGAGCUAUUGAAGAAAAUGUAGGCGAGUUCCUUUAAUUGGAAGCUCUCUUUUUAUUUAUGAACAGGCACACACAAACACACACUUCCCUAUGAGUCUCAUUAGUUCUUCUCAUAUACAGGACAAAUGCUGUGAUGAGGGGUAGCUAUCUUUAGUAUUUUAACUAUGCAUGUCUUGCUUAGUAUGCUACAUGCUAGAGGCAUUCAAAUUCCACAAAACUGCUAGGUACGUUAUUAAUUUACUCUGAUUGCAAAUGAAGCAACACCUCUUGGCAGAUGAUCUGUAAAGAAAACAUUUCAAGUCAGUGUGCUGCAACAGAAAAUACUGCAUAAGAAUUUAUAAUAAAAAUACAUCUAAAUAAAAGGCAAAGGUAUUUUACAUUUAGCACUCUUUCAAGGUUUUAACAUUAGAUUUACUUAAUAAUUUUAGGAAGAAAAAACUUUAAAACUGCAUUCAAAAUGAGAACUCAGUGAAUGUUUUUACAUCAGAGUAGGUGUAUUUCGUAUGGGGUUAUCAUUUCUUAGUAGACCACCUCGUUUUUGCCAAUGCAUUCAGGAAAUAAAGAUUAUAGUAGAUUGGAAUAGGCUAAUUAAAACUGUUCUGGUAAAGUUUUAUUUUAAGCAUGUCUGUCUUUUAUGUUUUACAGCACAUAAUCCAGUUAGCAAUGCUCUGACAAGAACUUGCAUGCUAGAUCUUACUGUCAAUCAGAUGAUCACAGACAGUAAAAGGACUCUUAAAUCUUUUUGCCACAUGUGAAAUAGCUGUAAAUUGAAAUAUUUUGCUUAAUGUUUUGAUUUAGUACAUCCGCUCUGAGAAUGGUGUGAAACAGAGCGGAGGUGCUUAAAAGUGUGAACAAUUUUCGUCUUUCAAAGUGAAAGUGUGGAAGUCUUCUUACAGAAGAAACAUUUUUAUAAAAAUUUAAUUAUUGUGAAAGGUCAUAUAUCACAUUUUUUUGUUUUGUUUGAGUGUUAGCACAAGUUACAUGGUAGUUAAUAAUUUCUGAAAGAGAGUGA